UCGUGACUUGAUUUCUGCCAUGUUAUACGGCUCCUGCCAGCAAUUUUAGAGUGCCUUUUGGUAUAGUUGUUUUCGCCUCUUUCAUCUAAUCAACGCCGUCUGCAAAUAAGAACAAUUUAUAAUGGAACCAGAAUCACCGCGAGAUUCUUCAAUACAAGACUCUCAAGACGCGCCUCCUGCUCCGCCACAGGAUCUAUGGUCCUCCAUCCUCGAUAGUGUCUCAUCUUCUCGUUCAAUACCAUCCAAGAAUAUCUUAAUUCUAGGCCAACCCAGUAGUGGGAAGAGCACAGUUUGCGAAGCCUUAUUGGGUAGAACGAAGGUCAACAGUAAUAACGACAAUGAGGAAUCUAAAAGUGAUUUCGCCAUGGGUUAUGACUGGGCAGAUGUUAGAGAUGAUGCCGACGAAGAUACCCUUGCCCGUCUAUCAGUUUACACUGUUCCUUCCUCCCAUCCUUCUUUCACCUCCCUGAUUCCGUCCUUCCUUCCUCCGAAAUCAUCACUAGGACAUACAACGGUCAUUGUGGCGUUAGAUUGGACGAAACCAUGGACAUUUGUGGAGGAAAUGGAGGAAUGGUUCGCGUGGAUUGAACAGUGGGCAGGAGGUGAAUUGAGUAUGCCAAUGGUCUCAGCAGAAGUAAAGACAAAGGACCUAAAGAAGGAGGGAAGAGAAUUGGACAUGAUUCGCGAAGAAAAUCGCGAACGGUGGCAAUCUUACCUUCAGCACUACACCGAACCAUCUUCGGAUCCUUCCACCCUUGUGCCAUCAACGUCUUCAACAGCGCUUUCAUCAAACGCUGUUCUUCCCCUGGGUCCCGGUACACUUACCCACAAUGCCGCUGGGGUGCCUAUCAUCGUCGUUUGCACCAAAGCCGACCUUAUAGACGAAAGAGAGGAGGGUACCGCCAAUAUAGGUGGGAUAGGUGUGCCUACAGGUCUCGGCGGCGGCAUGGUGAAAGGUAAAGGAGGCGAAUGGGAAGAGAGGACAGACGGAAUUAUGCAAAUUCUAAGAACAAUAUGUUUGAAGUACGGUGCUUCCCUAUUCUACACCACCAAUCUCCCAGAAACGCUUUCCGUCCUGCGCCAAUAUGCACUCCAUACACUCUUUGUUCCUUCGGCACCUUCCUUGACUUCACUACCAUCAUCUAGCGGCGCUAUCGGUUUCGGUGAAGCACAGAAUUUUUCCACCGUAUCUACAAACUCUUUGGCUGCAAUGGCUAACGCCACAGCUUCGACUGCCACUCGUAAUCCUUUCCCCUUCUCUCACCGACCCAAUACACUUGACCGUGAUCGUGUCGUCAUUCCCUCUGGCUGGGAUUCCUGGGGCAAAAUUGCCGUCUUAAGGGAGUUUGAGCCCACUGUUUGGGGCGAAGGGUGGGAAGCAGAUCUGGAGUCGGAAGGGAGAGAGGAUGUUAAGAAUGGGGCGAAGAAGAUGUAUAGAGAUCUCGUACCAGACCUCGGAACGAAACCUCCUCCCCUCCCACCGUUUAACUCCCCGAUACCCGAACAAUCAUUCCUUGCAAGGAACUACGAUGAGAGCACCAAAAAAGCAGACCGGGAUCCAAGAGGCGCCUUCAGAAAUCCAGUCGAGGGCGAUGGAGGAGCGUAUGGGCUCAACUCAACCUCAGGAGCGGGCACAGGCAUCGUCGGACCAAUGGGAACGAACUCUUUCAACCUCCCGAACGUUGAGAAGCUUUUCAUGGAAAUGGAGGGUAGCCCCUCUGACCGUUCAGACAAACUCUCGUCUUCGUUAUCGGAUCGUCCUGAUAGGUCCGACAGACUAUCUUCCUCAUUAAAUGAACGGCCUUCUUCUGGUCAUGACCGACGAACCAGGCCUACAACCAACCGUCCGACGAUGCUCACUUCAACUGGUGCUUCACCGCCAUCCGGCAAAGGUCCUUCAUCUCCCUCGCCCUCCAGCUUGUCCCCGUCUGGCAUUUCACCCACCUCGGGCGCUCAAGGAGCAGGUGGAUCUGGACAGAGUCAGCAUGAAGUUCUUCAAAACUUUUUCCAAAGCUUGUUGAGUAGUAAGGACAAGAAAGAAAGGGAGAGAGGUGCUGGGAGUCCUUCUAUGGGGAGACCGAAGAGCGGGAUGAGCAAUGGAAGUUCAAAGGAUAAGGGGGAGAGGGACAAGGUGGAUAAAGAUGAAGGGAGUCCCUGACGGAAUGCCUGUAUUUUGUUUGUUGCAUAGACACGAAUGAAACUUUGGAUGUUGUAUUUUUCGUCUGGGCGCGGCAAUAUUAGAGACCACAUGCUCGGAGCAACGAGUUGCUGGAAACUGGUCAAGGAUAUCUCUGUAUAUCGCCGAUGUAAGAACCCAUAUCGUACUUCGCCAUGGGCAUAUUGAUGUACGUAUUGUCGCAGGGUGUAUUGUGCGUUCAUGGAAUGUAUGUAUAUCCAUCCUCUU